AUGUCGCUGAAUGGCUUGGAUGAUGUGAAGCUCAAGGAAGCGCACGAUGCCGCUGUGGCCGAGCCAGGAGGAUGGUUUCUUCUCAAAUAUAUCUUGCGAGAUGAGGUGGGUCUUCUAGGACGUGGAAAUGGGGGCAUCGUGGAGAUUCGGAAUACCAUAGCGACUUACGAAGAGCCGUCGCCUCUAUUCGGAUUCCUACGCUAUAGGAGGAGAAAUGUGCUUAUCAAGUACAUUCCUGAAGAUUGUUCGAGAUUGGUUCAGGCACGCGUUACCGUUCACUUCAACGCUGUUACGGAGCGAUUUUCUCCUCACGAUACCGUGUUUCCCAUAUCCAAUUCUAAAGAACUUCGAGAUACCUCACUCUCUGCAGCAUGUUCGUUACAUACCGCCUCUGGGUCUACAUCUUCGUCAACGAGCUCUCUGAGGGGCCGGCGGCUAAUGGAAAUUGCUGAAGAUGAGGAGGAAGACACUCGAAAGAGACAGUCAACUGUUCUAGAAGAGCGCCCAGUGACUGCAAAAGCCCCUUCAGUUUCCGGAGUGCAGAUCUCCUCUCCACCAGAGCCUCCUACGAAUUCACUCCCGACUUCCACUUCCUUUUCGGCCAAAAUCGCUGAGCUCGAAACAUCACCACCUCCCCCUCGAGAGCCUCACGAUUCUAGGGCUCGGUCACGCUCCCCAACAAAACAUACCGACGAACCAGAACCUCGAAAAUCAUCCCAGUCGACAAGACCCAACCUCUACACCUAUAAUAGUCAUAGUUCAAUGGGCAGGCCAAAAGUAAAGUUGGGACCAAGGCCUUCACUCGAUGUGAGCGGGAGGCCGCAUACUUCCGGAGCAACUUCCCAUUAUCGUCCAGUCUCUACACUUCCUGUUGGGUUGAAAAUUUUCUCAAAGGGAUCCAGGAAAGGAACUGGGAGACCGCAGUCCCAAUACAAUGUGGAACCCCCUAGCAUGACUAUUUCGCCCCCGCCAGUACCAGAUUCCAUGUUACCAUCAUUCGCAACCGCUCCCUCACGGCCUCAUACUAGCGGCGGUCGACCGCCACCUAGUCCUACUGCUUCAAUUAGGCCUCUAAUAGGAACUAACCUGAAUGCCGCCAAAACAUCUUCCAUUACUCCUGAAAAGGCACGACUUAUGAAGGCUUUGGAGCUCCGCAAGAAGCAAAUGAGCGCACCACAUCCAGUGGAACCGCUCUCACCAAGUCCCAGUACCAAUCUCGACGCUCCAAGAGCUGAACCGAAUAGACUAUCUAGAACGCCAAAGGACGUUAAUGACAGCUUAACUGUACUGGAUGACAUGUUGAGGGGGGAUGAUUCCGGGAUCUCAUUUGGCCAUAGCUCGACCCUGAAAACUGACGAGUCCGACGCAACGAGAUCAGAUUCAUAUCCAGCAUCACCUGUCGGGCCUUCAGAGCAUGCCGAAUCAACGAAGGCUUCGUCAAUUUCCGAAUCCACAGACCAAACCGUGCAGGACGCGGACAACUCCAAGCCACCGCCUCAGGUGGCGGAACCAGAGUUGGACGACAAUAUUUCUAAUAAUGUGGACAAUCAAGAGCCUGUGUCAUUGCACGAGAAGGGCGUAGAAAUAGGGGAUGUUGAGUCCGACUUUCAACUACCACAAACCACGUACGAGCCUGAAAGCCAGACAACACCUACGCAAGAUAGUACAUCAAAGUCCUCCUCGGAACCAUCGGAAUUAGCACUAGAGGAGCCUUAUAAGAAGGAUGAUGAACCGAUAGCAACUGCAACUGAUCACCCUCUCGCGACCUUCCAUGUUCCAGUGCCUCAGGUUGCAGAAGCCCAGGUUGCAGAAAUCCCCCAGGUUGCAGAAGCCCAGGUUGCGGAAAACCCCCAGGUUGCAGAAGCUCCGGUCGAAGUUUCCACCACAGAGGAAAUCCCAACAGAGGAAAUCCCAGUUACUGUUCAGGAAUCAGAAACCACGGCUAUUCCAGUACCUGUCGCCCCAACGAAGUCUCCCGCAAAACCCGAACCCAAGGAAUUGAAAAUCCCUAGAUCGAAGUUCAGCAUGCAAAACCUCCAAUCCGAUGAGGGAACUCCAAGCAUACCAACACAGCCAACCCCACAACCAACUCUCUUGUCAACUUUCCAUACUCCUCAAAAAUCGCCAAUUGUAAGCACCAUCUCCGUUGACGUAAGGGAGCCAACCGCGGAAGACGACCAAGCGAACGCAGACCAGAUAACAAAUAAACGCCAAAAUCGACGGGGGCUUAUCGAGCCUAUUCGGACAGAUCUUGAGUUGACUGAUAGAAGUAACCGCAAUUCUGAUGCUAAUUUCUCUUCCGAUGAAGAUCUUAUGGACGAGUUACAGUCGGCAGUGGUUGAAGAGGCAAAACCCGUUUCGGUUUCAAAGACUCCGAUGACGCCUUUAUCACCUACUGUUAAGAAAGCGGACACAUGGCGGCACAGACUUUCCCGCGCAGCCUCCAAUCCUUUACGAAAAGAAGAACCGGAGUCUCAGUUACUCACACCUCCCGCUAAGCAUGAGACGGUACGGUCCGCUUCUGCAUCUUCUGCUUAUUUAAACCGGAUCAACCAGGAGGCUGCAAAGCCCAUCGCCAAGAAAGUCAAUCUGGGUUCUGGGAUUUCGCAAAGAAUCAAGGCGUUGGAGAAGCUCUCCAGCACGGCCCCAGGAGCUACCGCUGCUCCAACUGCGGCUUCUCCUGCUGCAGGAGCCACAUCGUUCUUCUCGGUUAGGAAGAGCAGUAUCCGUAGACCUUCGAAAUCUUCGUCUAUUGCUGAGAGAACAAAUUCGUUAACCAAGAACACACCAUCACCCUCUAUAUCUCGCGAAUCUUCACCAGAAACUGUGAAGGUCCGUGACAGAUCUAGCUCUAUCAAAAACCGUGUUAGCGCAUUUGAACCCAGUCCGGUUCCCUUCGAUCGGCCAUCUCGAUCACGGCCUGAGUCUAUCUCUGUCACUGCAAGGAUAAUUAGAGACCCAGCACAACCUUUCCAAACACAGCCAGAAGUCGGCAAAGACCCCUUUGAAUAUGCUCCUUUAGAUCUCAAACAAUCUCCGUUGGUAAUUAACCACCAGAAAGCAGUUGUCAAGCCUGCAAAGGAAACCAUCCAAGAGAGGCGUCUUUCGAAAGAAAAGAGGCUGUCAACGUCGUCCGAGGCAACAAACACCACCCCGAAAGGUCGAAGAUCAUCUAUCACGGUAGUAAAAGACCUGAUCAAUGAUACCCGUUCCUCGUUCGCUGAGCGUCGCCGGUCGAUAAAUUUUGACCCAUCAGCCUCAUCAACAAAUCUUAGGACCCCUUCUCGGCCACCCUCCGUCAAGUCUCCAUCCCGCCCACCAUCUACCCACGCAUCCCCCAUACAUCAAAGAUCCAUGUCUAUUAGCAGCCGUUUAUCUUCUUCUAGUCACGACCAGAACAUAGUUUCCCCAGCACCUCUAACAUCUGACUAUGCGUCCUCGAUUGGCGAGGAAAAAAGCGACAAGAAGUCCAACCGAGCUAGUCGAAUGCUUCGAAGAAUGUCAUCUUCUCUUUCAUCGGGUCGUAAGGCCAUAUCUCACGCAGUGUCUCCCACCGUCCGCGAAGAAUCUGAGCCGCCGAAUAACGGUUUCCCGACUUCUAUGUCACCUCAUCCUUCAACGCCCCCCACACCUAAUAUUAAUAUUGGAGAUGUUAAUGUCCAAUUUCCUGAUAGUCUACUCUGGAAGAGACGCUCGAUGCUACUCGACCCUCGUGGAUCUCUCCUUCUGGCGCCGCUAACAACUAGCGGGAACGCAAAGAAUCAAACUGGCGGCGCCACUCGAAGAUUCCAUCUCAGCGAGUUCAGGCCGCCUGUGAUCCCGGAUGUCGAGAUGCAGGAGCUUCCAAACAGUGUUGUACUUGAUUUCUUCGAAGGAGGGGGAUUACAGGUUGCGUGUGAAGAUCGGGCUGGUCAGGGACGGAUAUUUCAGGCUCUUCAAGAAGCUCACCGGACAUGGUCAGCACACGGAUAG